AUGUCAAGACAGACACUGUAUAGCCUUCUACGAUUCACAAUCAUGGUAUCCACUAAUCAAACCAUGAAACCACAAUCGACCCAAUUGAAAGUGUUGGGGAUUGAUGUCGAACUAAUAAGAUCACUACUUAAAGUAAUUAUUUUGAUAUCAAUUGCCGGAGCAGCCAUUUCGUCACGUUUAUUUUCAGUUAUUAGAUUCGAAUCGAUUAUUCAUGAAUUCGACCCGUGGUUUAACUUCAGAGCUACAAAAUAUUUGGUAACGCAUUCGUUUUAUGAGUUCUUAAACUGGUUCGAUGAUAGAACAUGGUACCCAUUGGGAAGAGUUACUGGAGGUACACUAUAUCCUGGAUUGAUGGUUACUUCAGGUGCUAUAUGGCAUGUGUUGAGAGAAUGGUUGAGCUUGCCAGUUGAUAUUAGAAACAUUUGUGUUAUGUUGGCUCCUGUGUUUAGUGGGUUGACUGCAAUUGCUACGUAUUUCUUGACCAAGGAAAUGAAGGACUCAAAUGCUGGAUUGUUAGCAGCAAUUUUUAUGGGUAUCGCACCUGGUUAUAUUUCAAGAUCAGUUGCUGGAUCCUAUGAUAAUGAAGCUAUUGCAAUUACAUUGUUGAUGGCUACAUUUUACUUUUGGAUCAAGUCAAUGAAGUUUGGAUCUAUAUUUUUCGCCACAUUGACUGCAUUGUUUUACUUCUACAUGGUUAGUGCUUGGGGUGGUUAUGUAUUCAUUACCAACUUGAUUCCAUUGCAUGUGUUUGUGUUGUUGUUGAUGGGUAGGUAUAACCCUAAGUUGUAUACUGCAUACACCACAUGGUAUGCAUUAGGAACUUUGGCAAGUAUGCAAAUUCCUUUUGUUGGAUUCUUACCAAUUAGAUCAAAUGACCACAUGGCAGCCUUGGGUGUGUUUGGAUUAUUGCAAUUAGUAGCUUUUGGUGAUUACGUCAAAUCCAAAGUUCCAUCCAAGCAAUUCAAAUCUUUCUUGAUUGUAUCUGCUUCGUUGGUAUUUGUAUUGGGCGUUGGUGUGUUAUUUGGAUUAACUGCCAUGGGAUGGAUUGCUCCUUGGACUGGUAGAUUCUACUCACUUUGGGAUACUAAUUAUGCAAAAAUCCAUAUUCCUAUUAUUGCUUCAGUUUCGGAACAUCAACCAACAGCUUGGCCAGCGUUCUUUUUCGAUACUUCAAUGUUGAUUUGGUUAUUCCCAGCAGGUAUUUACUUGUGCUUCCAGGAAUUAAGAGAUGAACACGUGUUUGUUAUUAUUUACAGUGUCUUGUGCUCUUAUUUCGCUGGUGUUAUGGUUCGUUUGAUGUUGACUUUGACACCAGUCAUUUGUAUUGCUGGUGCGAUUGCAUUGUCCAAAUUGUUUGAUAUAUAUUUGAAUGUUGUUGACAUCUUUACUGAGAAGACUGGCUCAAAGACAAGCAAGAAGUUGCCGAUUGCUGCAUUAGUUUCAAAAUUGAUUGUUUUGUUGUCAUUUGCGUUUUACUUGUUUUACUUUGUUAUGCAUUGUACCUGGGUAACUUCAAAUGCUUACUCCUCACCCUCAGUUGUGCUUGCUUCUCGUGCUGCAGAUGGAUCACAAAUUCUCAUUGAUGACUACAGAGAAGCUUAUUACUGGUUGAGAAUGAAUACACCUGAAGAUGCAAAGAUUAUGUCUUGGUGGGAUUAUGGAUACCAAAUUGGAGGUAUGGCUGAUAGAACCACUUUGGUUGAUAACAACACAUGGAACAAUACUCAUAUUGCAACUGUUGGAAAAGCCAUGUCUUCACCCGAAAAUGUUUCUUAUGAAAUCUUGAGACAACACGAUGUUGAUUAUGUGCUUGUAAUUUUCGGAGGUGUCAUUGGGUAUUCAGGUGAUGAUAUCAAUAAAUUCUUGUGGAUGGUGAGAAUUGCUGAGGGUAUUUGGCCUGAUGAGAUCAAAGAAAGAGACUAUUUCACAGAAAGAGGAGAAUACAGAGUAGAUAAGGAUGCAUCAAAAGCCAUGAAAAAUUCAUUGAUGUACAAAUUAUCAUAUUACAGAUUUGCUGAAUUAUACGGCGGACGUGAUGGAGCUGAUAGAGUCAGAAACCAACAAAUACCCGCUGAUGAACCACCAGAAUUAAAUGUUGUUGAUGAAGCCUUUACUUCUCAAAAUUGGAUUGUUAGAAUUUACAAGGUUAAAGAUUUGGAUAAUGUUGGUAGAGAUUUGAACCAGGCUACAAAAUUCGAUAAAGUUAAAGGAAAAAAGAAUAGAUUGGUAAAGAGGCCAAAUUUGGAUAUUAGAGAGUAA